CGGGCUGAGCGGGGCUUUCGGUCUGGUGCACGGCUCAUCUGUUCGCGGGAAAUACACACGAUCUGCCCCAAGAACUGGGCUCAAUCUGCCGCUUUCUACAGCAUUUACGGACCAAAAGACCACAAUAACCCGACUCUGAGGCGAAGACAUGAUUUUUCGUUCCACGGUCGACGCGCAGUUGGGCAGACGGAGACAGAACGCUCUGCCUGCUCAGCCCUCUCCCCCUCUGGGCUUCCUGCUGUCGGGGUACAGCUGUGUGCGACACGAUGAGCACGUCUCCUACGGUAACCUGGGUGACACUGUACCUCCGUUUGGACUAGCCUUCUCCUCUGCGGCUAACCUACAGAAUGUGCUGGCUGUGGCCAAUGAAGAGGGCAUUGUCCGAGUUUACAACACAGAGAACAGGGACAACGUGCUGCUCAAAGAGUGGUUAGCACAUGAGAAUGCCGUCUUUGACAUUGCCUGGGUCCCAGGAGAGCCUCAGCUGGUUACCGCUGCAGGGGACCAGAUGGCCCGGCUGUGGGACGUCCGUUCGGGGGAGUUACUGGGCAGCUUCAGGGGUCACCUCUGCAGCCUUAAGUCUGUGGGCUUUACCCCUCACGACAAAGCUGUUUUCUGCACCGGAGCCAGAGACGGAAACAUAAUGGUGUGGGACACACGCUGCAGCAAGAAAGAUGGCUACUACAAACAGGUGAAGCAGAUCAGUGGUGCUCAUAACAAGGCCGAACCAAACUCUGUGCAGAAAACCAAGAAGAAGAGAGGCAGUGCUCGAGGCAUGGCUCCCAGUGUGGACAGCCAGCAGAGUGUGACUGUGGUGCUGUUUCAGGAUCAGCACACGCUCAUCUCCUCUGGUGCCGUGGACGGUGUCGUAAAGAUGUGGGACUUGAGGAAGAACUACUCUGCCCAUCGCCAAGACCCUGUGCCACUGCAGACCUUCCCCUACCCCGGGUCCAGCUUGCGCAUGAGACUAGGUUAUUCUGGGCUGGUGUUGGACUCCACCAGAUCCAGUGUGAUGUGUAACUGCACUGAUGACAAUAUUUACAUGUUUAAUGUCACCGGGGUCAAAACCUCUCCAGUGGCUGUAUUCAGUGGUCACCAGAACUCUUCCUUCUACAUCAAGUCCACAGUGAGCCCUGAUGACCAGUUCUUGGCUAGUGGCUCCAGUGACAACCAUGCCUACAUCUGGAAGAUAUCCUCUCCCUCCCAUCCUCCCAUGAUGCUCCAGGGCCACAGUGAGGAGGUCACGUCUGUGUCAUGGUGCCCUACAGACUUCACCAAGAUUGCAUCUUGCUCGGACGACCACACUGUGCGUAUCUGGCGUCUGCACAGACAAGGUGAAGAGGCGGAGUCACGUUUGGGAGAGACUAACCUCGUGGGCCGGGCUCACCCCAAAUCUCCAACAAAACAUUUAACCCGAGCUGAGACGACUCCGGCCAAAAUCCCACGCAUACACCGCCUGGUCGGCCUGUCUUCUCCCAGACAGGCCUCCUGUGCCUCCAACAGCGCUGCGCUCCCCUUCCCGUCUACCACCACCUCCCCCUUGCCCUCCCUCAAAACCUCCGCCCCCCACCCCAAAACGCCCACCUCCAUCAAGCAGUGGCUCUCUCCUGGUCACGGAUCUCCCAGUCUUUCAGCUUCUCAAGUCCUGAGUCAUCAAAACAAUGCCUCUACUCCCCCUACAGAGCAACGGGCAAAACGCAGGCUGGAGGCCAGUGGACCGUCUUGUUGUAGCGAUGCGGAACAGUGUGGAUGCAUAGCAGAGUUGAAUCCAGCUAAGAAAAGCCGAGUUGUAGCAGGGCUCUGCUGUGAAAAGAGCGCGACUGAGGGAGAGAACACGGGACCUUCUAAGGGUAAAGAGAACCUCAGGCCCAGUGCAGGGGGGAACUGGCUGUCUGCGAUGGGCCACAAGAUGAGGCAUAGUCAGAGCAGCCCGCGCACGGCAGACGGGAGGACGCCAGGCCCUUCGACCACUUGCUCACCACAAUCUAUGAAGAAAAUAUCCACAUAUUUCACCAAGCCGACAUCGGAGUGACCGCUUUCCCUGCCGUCAAAUAUGCAUAUUUUAGCGUUAUUUUAAAACAAUUUAAUGUCAUUUUUGGACACAUUAUUGACUGCACCAGUACAAGAUUGGCCAAUGUAAUUCCUGCUGUGAAAGUAUUUGAAUGGCUCAUCUUUUGCUGUCUGUUCAGUUUAGUUACAUACAUUUGACUGUACAUAACCUGUAUGUUUUUUUGUAUAUACUUUUUGUAUUUAGAGUUAUCAAUGAAGCUGUUUGUAUGGAAGAAUGUUAUUUUGGUUUAUUGCUAUGUGAUAAACUGUUGAAGACAGAUCUUA